AUGCCCAAAGCAAAAAUAGAUCUUGAUAACUUGGAUUUUAGCCAUACCUACACAUUUGAAGAGUUCGAGUUAAUUAACAAACAGCUCGAAACACGCACUUUAGAAGUCAACGGACAACCUGUCAAUUUAUUUGACCUUGACGCAACCGGAAAGCUUAUUCCAAUGCCACAGGCCACUGCGUGCAUGGAGGCUACUGUUUCAACAAUUAACGGGCUCAUAACAACAUCACAAGGAGGGUUUGAUUUUAGUGUUGGGGGCCGAAAAUCGAUUAGAUCUCCUGAUGUCUCCUUCACGCCUGAUGCGGUAUCAAGCCAAUUGAUUGAAUUGCAACGUUGGACUUUCCAGGGUAGACCAUUCACUCCCACACUCGUUAUCGAGGUUGGAGAUACCAAAAGUAGAUCGGUGUUCGAAGAGUCAGAUUAUAAAUUUAAACGUGUAUACUUUACAGUUGGAACAUCCGUGCAACUCGGUUGGUUGAUUGAUCCCAAAAAUAGAAAAAUUUGGGUAUACAAGCGGAAUCAACAUGGUAAUGUCUUUCGUCGUGAGCACGCAUGGGAAGAUUUAGAGGGUGGUAAUAUUUUGCCGGAGUUCACAUUGAAGGUGUGGAAGAUUGAGCAAGCAAUUUCACAGGAACCAUUUGCAUUAUCAUCAGUGAAUAAAAAAUUGAAAAUUGAUUGCCCUAAAUGUGACACAACUUUUUCCAGUCGUUACACUUUCACACAACAUUACGUAGAUGAGCAUGCUCGUAUACUACGUUGA